UGUCUCAAGGCAGUUUGCUCUGGUUUGAAACCCCCCUUUAUUCACACCAGUGAUUUCAUCACCAGCACCCAAAUCCUAACGCCUGGAUUGGGAUCAAGUAACCCAGAAAAGCUCCCACAGCAGUCUGGGCACUGGAAGGCUGGCCAGCUUCCUGGCUUUCCACUUGCUAAUUUUUUCAAACUGAACACUUGUCCUUAUGCUAGCCAUCCUUGACCAAUCACGCGCAGUUCCUGCUUUAUCCCCGCUUAGGGUUUUCUCUGUUGUUGUUCUUUUUCCGACAGCCAAGGUCACAAGGGCUGUGAUCACCUUGCAGCCUCCAUGGGUCAGUAUUUUCCAGAAGGAAAAUGUCACUUUAUGGCGUGAGGGCCCCCACCUGCCUGGAGACAGUGCCACACAGUGGUUUAUCCACAGCACACUCCUUCAGAUCUCCACGCCUAGACACAGUAUCACUAAGGCCACUUUCAAGGACAGUGGUGAAUACAGGUGCCGGACUGGUCUCUCAAUGCCAAGCGACCCUGUACAGUUGGAAAUCCACAGAAGUUGGCUGCUCCUCCAGGCCUCCCGCAGAGUCCUCACAGGAGGAGAACCUGUGACUUUGAGGUGUCAGGGCUGGGAGAACAAGCUGGGGUACAAUGUGAUUUUCUAUCGAAAUGGAAAAUCCUUUCACUUUUCUUGAGAUUCUGAGGUCACUGUUCCGAAAAGCAACUCGAGUCACAAUGGCAUCUAUCACUGCUCAGGCAUGAUCCAACGCUACACCUCUGCCGGAGUGUCUGUCACCGUGAAAGGUAUCCGGUCUAGAUCACAACCAAUGGAUGACUUGGCUGGCAAGUGCCUGUUAGUGUUGACUCUGGGUUACUGCCAUGGGGGUCCAUGGUUCCCUAAUAAAUGGAGCCACGCAGGGAGAGCACACAGUGUACUGGGAAGCCCCUCAGCUAGUGACCAGUCGUGUCUAUUAGAAAAUAGGCCUCUCUCUUGGAAAUGGGGAAACUCAUUUUCUUGGGGCAAGAUUCACAAAGGGGAGUCUCAUGAAAAGGCCACUGACACUGAACGGAACAACCCUGUCCCUUCAACUUUCUCUUUGGAGCUAUUUGCAGCGCCCGUGCUGAGAACGACCUUGUCAUCUCCCGUCCUGGAGGGGAGUCUGGUCACCCUGAGCUGUGAGACAAAAUUGCUCCUACAGUGCCCUGGCUUGCAGCUCCUCUUCUCCUUCUACGCAGGCAGCAAGAUCCUGGAGGAGAGGAACACAUCCUCAGAGUACCACACAGCAAGUGCUGGAAGAGAAGAUUCUGGAUUAUACUGGUGUGAGGUAGCCACAGCGGACGGCAGUGUCCUCAAGCGCAGCCCUGAGUUGGAGCUUCGAAUACUUGGUGAGCUGGAGGGACGUGGGGGCUGGUGUCGCCCAGCCGGAAGGGAGCAGUUCACGAGCAGCUCCGUGCUUCGUUCAGAACUGCGCUGUUUUCCUCCACUCUGCCCUGCAUUUCCGUUCCUCCUUUCCUACGUGUCCAGCCGCUUGACAUCCCGACACCUCCCAGUCAAGUUAAAAACAGAAAUGGACCAGGAUUUAGAUCCUUGA